GCACACCAUGCGGUAAAAUAAAAAGCGGCACUGGUUCCCGCCGUCUAUUUCGCUCUCCACCUCCGCCCCCAUACCCUGGUGUCAGCUUUCAGCAGUUCGUGUAGGCAUGCUGAUAGUAUAAGGCGAUAUUUAGAUUGAACACCUACCGAGUUCUUAUUGCCAUUUCUUGCUGCUGUACCCAGGAUGUGUAAUGCCAUUUCGUCAAUACAAAAUUCCAAGCAUUUGCGGACAAUGCAUUUUGGCAUGUAGUGGUUCAUUGGCACACACUGCUCUUUCAGUACCACAUUCACAUAAAAAUGUCACCUUGACAGUCUAAUGUGCAGCGUUAAUGCCACAACACAAGCAAAAGCGAGGGUGUACUCAUUAAUUGUUGCUCAUAUGCAUACAUUCUUUGUCGUUAUGUGAAAAAAAGAAAGUUUGGGUAGGUUAUGCCGCUGAUUUGUGAUAUACCACUGAAAAGUAAAAGUAACAUUUUGCCCAUAUUGUAAAAUUUGCCACUACGCCACAUGGUUUACUGAUGUAGUUGCACCAAUAUGAAAGGGAACACUUCGUCUGCUUUAAGACACGGAUUCUUGCAAACAAGCAGUCAGAGCACCUCUCACGAUUUGCUGUAUAGUGAUUGUGUCGAAGAAACCUCUUUUAGGUUUAUUUCAAAAUUUCUUUCAUUGAGGAACAAAGGAAAUUACCAGCUUUAAAUGGAAAGCUGGUGUUCCUUUUCAUAUUGGCUCACUUUGUACUUUGUAAGUCUAGCAUUAGAAAUAAAACCUUAAAGGGACACCAAAGAAAUUGUGAGCUGUAUUAGUAAAUUAUCCUUCAAUACCCCAAAAAAGCCACUCUUGGUAUGAUAGGAAGCUUGAUAAGUCGGAGAAGACUCCAAAACAAAAGGGUAGUGGCAUUGCCUUGGAAGUUUCUGCACCAGCUUGCCGUGACGUCUUGGAUUUUGAUGUCUGCUUGGGCCUAGUUAUCUUUUUGUUGUUAAAGCAGGACUACAGUGUAUUCUAAAUUUAACCCUUUGUUGCAUGCUACAGUAGACAAAUUUCAGCGAUUUGUAGAGAAAGUUUAGUGCUUCAGAAAAGCUCUUGUGCAUAGUGUCAACUUCAGUGGACAACAGAAGUUUCCUAUAGCUGCCCUAGAAGGUGCUACCAACCAACGUUUUUCUCCAACUCGGCUUCAAAGAUGCGAUCCUUUUGUUCCAGCGGCACAGGAAACAACACAAACAAGUAUGGGCACAAUCAACCUUCUUGGCGCCUUUGGGGUGAAGAGAAAAGUGAUGGAGCAGUCUACACAGUUUACCUUAAGAAAGUACGGUACCAUCCAAGUAGCUCUCUCAGUCGACAUGACUCGGAGGACUCAGUAUCCCACUUGGAAUGGGAGACUGUACGUGUGCGAGUCAUCAAGGCAGGGCCCCUGGAGGCCAUCGUGGCCAACCUGGCAGAUGACGAGGGGGGCCUUGAACCAACAAAUGUCAAUGUGUUCCUGGCUACCUAUCGCUCAUUUGCUACCCCUCAGCAAGUGCUGGAUGCCUUCUUGGCCAGGUUUCGGGAGCUGAGGAACCGGGAUGGUGCAAAGGGCCUCAGUGCAACAUCUCAGCGACAUCACCAGUCAUUGGUACAGACUCUGGUGGUGUGGCUGGACAUGUAUCCAGAGGACCUGUACGAGCCACCACAGUUCUCAGUGCUGCACCAGCUGGUGGCUCUGGCUCAGGCACAGCUGGAACCAGGUUCAAGCCUGGAGUUGAGAGCUAAGCACCGACUACAGCAGUUCAUUGCAAGGGAUCUUGAAAAAGAUGGGCCAUUCUUCAAGCCACCGCCUUGGAGUGCGGUAUUUGGGAGCAAUUGGCCAGGAGCACAGGCCAGGGCCCAGGUGGCUGGAGGACCCCUUUGGUUGCAGGACUUGGAUGAAGAACACAUCGCCUGCCAGCUAACUUGGAUGGAUGCGGACCUGUUUCGGCGCCUGGUGCCACACCAUUGCCUGUCUGCCAUGUGGCGCAAGCGGGGUGCCCGGGACUGGGCAGGCAUUGUGCACAACACAGCCACAGCCACUGUGCAGCAAUUCAAUGCAGUCUCACGCCGUGUCACAUCAACACUGCUGUGGGAACGCUGGGACGAGGGUAACCGAGUCCGCCUGCUCGCUAAGUGGAUUGGUGUAGCCCAAGAGCUACGGCUGCUAAAGAACUUCUCCUCACUCAAGGCUGUCAUCGCAGCACUGCAAAGUAACGACAUCUACCGGUUAUCUAGUGUGUGGGCUCGAGUGACUCCAGAUAGACUGCAGACCUUCCUGGAGCUGGCACGCAUUUUUUCCAGUGAAGACCACAGGCUUUCUUGUCGCGAGCUCAUGCUGAAGGAGGGAACAGCCAAGUUUGCUGAUACAGUGGGUGACGAUGAUCGGCAGCUUCAGAAAGCAAUGCAGCGACAACAGGCAGCAGGCUCGCCUGGUACAAUGCAGGGUACAGUGCCUUACCUGGGCAUCUUUUUGACGGACUUGACCAUGCUAGAUGCCGCUCUUCCUGAUGAGCUACCUGGAGGUCUGCUCAAUUUUGACAAGAGGCGUCGUGAGUUUCGUGUCCUGGCACAGAUAAAGCUUCUCCAGAGUGCUGCUAACUGCUAUAGCCUCCAGCCAGAUCCUGCGUUUGUAGCUUGGUUUGAAACACUGCCCAUGCUUUCGGAUGAACAAAGUUACCGACUGUCCUGUAAAGUGGAGCCAGCUAGCAGUCCCAAGAGAAGCCCUUUGAGUUCUUCAGGCAAUGCCGUUGAUGGGGACACAGCAUCGCUUACCAGCACUAGCAGCCAGCCCCAGAGUGGUGGCUCUCAAGAAAGCUUACGUCGAAAUGGGUGGACCCAGCAGCGCCCAUGGCAAAGCACUGGAAAUCUGCAGAGCAUGAUGAGUGCAUGCCCACCACCUACACCACCUCAUGAUCCAGACUUAAAGGUCAUCAGGGUCAGCCUGGAUUCUACACUGGCAGCAGGUCAGGGCAGUCCAACUGGCAUGAACCAAGGCACCACACUUUACAAGAGCAUAUUGCUCAGCAAUGGGGACCAUACGCCAACAGUGGUGCGUAAUGCGCUGGAGAAGCAUGGCUUAGAAGGCGACCCUGAUGAGUACGAACUGGCCCAGCAGUUGCCAGAUUCUGAAAUCGUUUUUCCACCUUCAGCCAACGUCUUCUAUGCACUCAGCACAGCUCAUGCCCUGAACUUCAUUCUUCGUCAAAAGAAGAGCGAGCCGGCCUCCCCUGUCAGCUCCAAAAAGUCCCGCAAGCCCUUUCAGCUCAAGUUGAAGUUGCCAAGUGGCACAUGAACCUAUUUCUACCAUUCAUAAAGGACUGCUUGCAUUGCUCGAAAUGAAAGUACAUCUAUUGUUCAGACACCGUGAACUUAAGCAACACAUGGUAAUGCACGUCAUCCUUUUGUAGAGCAUCCAGUCAGCAAAGGCCCUGUCUGGAAUGUGAAAUCAAACAUGCUUAUAUUCUUUGAGGUGACCUUGGGUGAUACAUUGUUCAAAAAAGAAUUUAAGCAAGUUUUACUGCUGCUGAACUUUCUUAAGGUGUGGCACACAAAAUUGUGGAAAGUUAUAUACUGCAAUCAGCUGUGAUGUCUAAAAGCAUCGAAACAUGGCAUUCUGCGACGUUCCUGUCAUUUAAGCAUACUUUAGUGUUGACCUUUGUGCCUUCUUGGCUCUGAAAGCAUGUUGAAAAUGGCAUGUGCCAAUGAGUAUUGUAUUUUUAUGACAUGUAAAUCAAACUUCAUGCAUACAAUUAUAGCGCUCUAAAGCACCAGGAAGUGCAGCAUCCUUAUUUAGCAAUUGUUCAUCUUGUGGUCAGAAGUCAUGAGAAAUUUGAGGGUAAGAAAAGGCAAUAAUGACUUUCAUCUGCCAUUUUUCCUUUUAUGUGGCCAGAUUGACCUUAAUCAUGAAGAUCUUUCUACACCAUUUAAUAUUUUAAAGACCCGAAACUUUUUUAGUUAUACCAAGUUGUCAUUUUCUCUUAACCAUUGUUUUUGUUGUUAGAAUUGUCGAAGGGUCAGUGGCUUGUGGCAAAACAGCAGGGAAAUAUUAAUAAUCUGCAAGCUUCGCCACCCUUUAUUAUUUCAUGCUGUAACAUAUUGUGCACGUUCUUACAUUUCAGAGUCUAUUUUGCGUUGCACUAUUUUGAAGUGUCAGUGCAACUGUAAGCAAAUUGUGCAACUUUGCCUGCCUUAUUAUUAUUUUUUCAUCUUGUGAAGUCCUUUGUAUAUAGUAUUUUUCUUUUUUCUCUUAAUUGUUGUCACCAUUUUAACGAGUCUUUCUGCUCUUAAUUUUUGGCCUGGUCCCAGACCAGAGCAGCAAAAUCAAUGCUCACUACACACAGUGAUAGGUGUUCUGUGUGAAUAAAUGGUAACAUCGAACAACCGCGGGACUUGAGGCAUUCCAGAACUUUACUCUACCACUACCUGCCCCAGUACUAGUGCAUAUCAGGAUGAACGUUAGCUUCCUUUUUAUGAACUGAAGGUAUUAGUUUCUUGUGUGUUGGUGUGGUUAUCUUGAAGGAAAACUUCAAUCUGGUUACACAUUAAGAAGGCAGGGCCUUUCACCGACACUCCCGAGUGCCUCUUAAGCCCUUAUUUUACACUAUUGCCUUGUGGUAGCUCCAACUCCUUUAUAUUAUACUCUCUGCAGUUCUGCAAGCUGGCAGGCACAUUAUAAGCAGAAUUCUUGUUUUCAGUGUGAGGAACUUUUUUCCAAGAACACAGUGCUUUUCUUUUUCUUAAGCUUAUGACUUUUGUUUUGAUGUUGUUGCUGUGAUAUUUGGUGUUAUUGCUGGUUAUUUUCAGCUGUUUGUGUAUGUUCAUGUGUUGGUUUUUGUGCAGACGUGUUGGAGCUUCACAACUUUGUUUCUUUUUCUUGAUCCCUUUGGACUGUUUCCAAAGGCUUUUUAUUGGUAGUCAGCCACUUAUCAGGGCAAAAGUACAGCAUACCAAAGAGCACAGAAUGUUGCUCUUCAUUGUACUAGUAUGACUGCUGCCUAGAGUCUGCUCGCGCUUCUUGUAUAUAUUUUGUGUAUACACCUGCAAUCCUUUUUUUUUUUUGCUGAAAUUUUAGUAACACAAACAGGCAUCAAGCAGCUCAAAGUUGCUUCUUCCCUAUUGUAGUACCACAGUUGUGGAACAACUCUUGGAUUUGGUUGAUGCUGCUAUAUGCUCUCGGAUGCAAUGAAGCUGGCUGUGCACAAAUGUUGUGGUUGUAAGGAAUAUCUUUUUUCUUCCUUUCUAACAAUUACGUAAUCAGGAUCGGGUACCAUGAAGUUUAAAGUAUGUUUGAGAAUGUGAAGAAAAGUAGUAAAUAUAAACAUGCGUUUUUUGGAAAGUCACAAACGGAUGCAGAACUGUAUAUUUGGAAAGCUUUUUGAGAGAUGUAGAAUCUCUUUCAAAGCCUUUUUUUUUUUUUUAAGUCCUCUGCAGUAAUGCAAUACAUCCAAGAAACUUUCUCUCUCCCUGUGGCUGUAUGCUUGCUACCAUCAAGCCCAUCUUCCCAUCUACGUGCUUACAAACUUGUGGCAUGCACCACUCCAAGGGUUGGACAGCACACGGAAAGUGAUUCGUGUGGCCUUAAUUUUUUCACAAAUGGUUUUUUACUGUUUUUCUCACUCGUUUUAUUAACUGGAGCCACUCAAGGUCACAGAUCAAGACUGCACCUGUGCAGUGUAUAUGUUCUUUGCCUCCCUGCACAUUACCACAAUUCUAAAUGGCUCAUUUGCAAUAGCACAGGCAGCUUGUAGCAGUCAUUUUGCACUCGGCUGUCGUAUACGUGAACCAGGUGUGGAAUAUGUUUUGCUGUGGAAGCAGUAUUAAUAACAGCCAGCAGUCAGAUGCAGCCCUUUCUGUCUUCCGGGCAUAUGCGACCUGGCACUUCUCAUCCACAGUUACAUGUUAGGUGCACACCUCCCCGCGUGCCUUUUGUGCUUUGUGAUAAUUGUGUGGGCAUCACAUUGUGCGUGAAAGAAUAAACCUUGUGAACAAU